AUGAUCACCAACCCGAUCAAAGCUUGGUUUAGUCACAACGUCGAGUGCACCGUUGGCGGGCGAGCGUUUUCCGGCUUCAGCCUUUUCAACAGCACUGACCCAGAUUUGGUCCCGGUUCUUUGCCUGCCAGUGGCGAGCUCCUCGUCGGUCUCGAUGGUCGUCCAUUUGCUGACUCAUCUUCUUUUAGUAACCAGUGACGAAUUAGGUCGUCGUCGAUUGCAACCGUGA